AGAUCCUACAAAACAUCAAAAUUAAUCUGCAGUUAAACUGAUAAGGCAUUCAGUAUGCUGCCAGAUAUGGGCAGAGCAGCCAGUCACCUGUGUCCGUCCAUUUUAAAAGUGAGGCGUGUUCACUGAAUACUUUACCAAUGAAUCUAGAGACAAUUGGUAGCAAAGUUCAAGGAUCCUCAAGAGCACCUUCUCAGAGAGAAAGAGAGGGAAUAGUAUUCAGUGAGCUGGGUUUGAAAGACUGAAAUGAUUGGAUAAUAUUUGAACUACACUGAAAAGAAAUGCAAAUUGAAUGCUGACAGGGCUAGCCAGGUAAUUUAAGGGUCUAACAAAACAUUAUUCAAGAAGAAAACAAGUGGAGAACAUGGCAGAGAGCAAGGCCAGCAUCAGCUCAAAAGGAGGGGCCAAUGUUCUUGCUAAACGAGUGCAGAAAAAAUUCAGCAGAGCACAGGAGAAGGUGUUGCAGAGGCUUGGCAAAUCUGAGGAGACCAAAGAUGAGCACUUUGAGCUUUGUGUCACGAACCUCCAAUACCAACAGAGCGAUGGAUACAGAAUAUACAAGGACCUUAAAGCGUACCUCAAUGCUGUCACAGUAAUGAAAGAUGCUUCAAAUCGACUGUUUCAGUCCUUGUAUGAAGCCUACGAUGAUGAGUGGAAUGGUGCAGAGGAUCUUGGGGCAGUUGUGGAGGGAGAAGAGCUUCUGUGGAAAGAUUAUGAGGACAAGCUGCGUGAUCAGGCAUUAAUCACGAUGGAGUCUUACAUGAGCCAGUUUCCAGAUGUCAGGGAAAAGGUCGCCAAGCGAAACAGGAAACUCGUAGACUAUGAUUCUACUCGCCAUCACCUUACAGGGCUGCAGAAUGCUAAAAAGAAGGAUGAUAUUAAAAUUGGAAAGGCAGAGGAUGAGAUGAAUGCAGCAAAGGUGAUAUUUGAGGACAUGAACAGGGAGCUGAAGAUAGAAAUGCCUAUUCUAUUUGACAGUCGCAUUGGAUGCUACGUCACAGUCUUCCAAGCCAUUUGCAACCUCAGAGACAUCUUCUACAAGGAGCUUACCAAGAACAAUGAGGUUCUGCAGACUGUGAUGAAAGAGCUGAGCACCCAGCAUCCAGACAAGAGCUUUGUUGUGAAGAACUUCAACCGCUCUGGUUCCUUGAAGAGAAGGUCAUUUAGAGACACUUUGUCCCCCAGAUCACUUAAAAGCAUGAGUUACAACCCCAGGGGCUCUCUAAGGAGAGACAACUCAUCCAGUUUUCGGUCUGACAGACCAACAUAUGGGUCAUUCAGCCCUAAGCAGACCAGUCCUCAGCCCCUUUAUGAGAACGUCUCUGGUGCCAAAGAUGCAAAAGGCAGCCCUACAAGAUUAGAUUAUCACACAGAGGAAGGUACCUCGCCCCAUGAGCCACAGUUGAAUACCAGCACCUCUGAAGAUAAACCAGUAGAAGAAGACAGGAAAGCCAAAAAGGAGGAGUCCUCACAAGCCUCAGGUCAAGAUCCACCAAAUGAGGAGGAGUCUUCUGAGGAGGACAGUGAUGAGAGUGAACUGAAACCAAACUCAGAUAUCACUGAAUGCUCCAAGAUCAAAGAUCAAAAAUCACCCGAGAAGGUGGGAGACGAUGGGCCUUCUGGUGUGGAGAAUGGAAUAGCUUGUGACAUUAAAUCAGAUGUGGCACAAGCUGAGGCUUCAAACAAUGCUCUUACCAAGGGUGACCAUCCGUCAGGAGAGGUGAACGAGUGAGUGACAACAGAAGCCCCUAAAUAGCAAUCAAGAG